GCCUAAGUGCAUAUAUCUUCACAACUUCAUUAUGAAAGGGAAAGGUGGGCUGCGCAUCGAAACCCCCCGGAGGCAGACGGAGCAGACGCGCCAGUGGGAGUUUUUAGGACGCGUUGGACUUUCUUCUCGGUGCCAGUCUUUAAACACAACAAUAAGAAGCGCGGAGACGGCCGAUAAAUCCGUUUGGGAUUCAUUUCAAGGCAGUGGCGCCGGGGACUAAUCUAAGUGAGACGCUUCAAAGUGCUCGAGGAGAACUCGCGCAAAUGAGAACUACCGCGCUAUUUUCCGCCGCGUGUUUUUAUUGUGCUCCAAGUUUCCCGCACAGUUCAGCAGCCUAUGAAAAGAAAUAAUUCGAGUUGCGCGCAGUUGAUGUCUCCGAGUAGCCACCCCUAUCCACAUAUGCCACUCCGUCUCACUCUGGUACAUUUACUACUGCCAGAGUCCGAACGCAGACCCAGAGAAGAGGAACUCCGAUGGAAAAUCAUGCAGCACUUUGAACCCAUGGAGACAUGGCGCAUAGGUUCCUCUCAUCUGCGAACAGAUUCAGCGCCAGAUUCGCCUUCAUGUUCACCGUGUCACUGUCGUGCACCUAUUUGUGCUAUAAUAUCAUCUUCUGCCGUGGCACGAUCAUGACAGACCGAGGCUACGAGGGGAGGAGAUGCCCGCCUAAUAAGAACGCAGGCGCCAAGAAACUUCUCGGAAGACCCGAGCACUGCGCUUCGCUGGAGGUCAGGUCCGCUCUGAACGAAUCCGCCGCCCAGCGGGGGUCGAGCGAGCCCCGCGAUCAGACCAGAGCCCCCGCCUCGUCGGGGAGUCGCUGGGCUGAGGUGAAGUCGAAGAACAUGAGCGUCGCGCAGAAAUACGGGAAUAAGAAGCUGCCGAACGCGCUAAUAGUUGGCGUUAAGAAGGGAGGCACCCGCGCGGUGCUGGAGUUCAUCCGGAUUCAUCCAGAUGUGCGCGCGCUGGGAACGGAGCCGCACUUUUUCGACAGGAACUACGACAGAGGGCUGGACUGGUACAGGGGCCUGAUGCCGCGAACGCUGGACAGCCAGAUCACACUGGAGAAGACUCCGAGCUACUUCGUCACCAGGGAGGCGCCCAGGCGCAUCUCCAGCAUGUCCCGCGACACCAAGCUGAUCGUGGUGGUGCGCAACCCGGUGACGAGGGCCAUUUCCGACUACACGCAGACGCUGUCCAAGAAGCCCGACAUUCCCACCUUUGAGGACCUGGCCUUCAAGAACCGCAGCGUGGGCCUCGUGGACGCCUCCUGGAACGCCAUUCGCAUCGGGAUGUACAUUCUGCACCUGGAGAACUGGCUGCAGUACUUCCGCCUGUCGCAGAUCCACUUCGUGAGCGGGGAGCGGCUGAUCACGGACCCGGCCGGGGAGAUGGGCCGGGUCCAGGACUUCCUGGGCCUCAAGCGGAUAAUCACGGACAAGCACUUCUACUUUAAUCGAACCAAAGGCUUCCCCUGCCUGAAGAAGCCGGAGAGCAGCAGCCAGCCGCGCUGCCUCGGCAAGUCCAAGGGUAGGACUCAUGUACAGAUCGACCAGGAAGUUAUAGAGCAGCUGCAGGAGUUUUACAGACCCUUUAACGUCAAGUUCUAUGAGACGGUGGGACACGACUUCAAGUGGGACUGAGCUGGAAAAUCAACAGAAUGUUUAAUAACGCUAUUAUAAAACGACAGUAAGUAUAAACUAAGAGCUGCUCCCUGGUUAUAAACAAUUACAGUAAUGUCACACAUGGUCCUGAUGAUGAUAUAUUUUCUUUACUGUGUCCAGAACAUUAUGUGUGAAUUCAUGAACAAGCAUUAAGUCAUUAACCAGUUCAUAAACCAGCAGCCAUCACGAUGCCUUCCUGCCAUUUAGACACACAUUAAAGAUUCAUUACCUGCUAGAUUUCUUCUUUAUUCAUCCUUUCCGUUUAAUUAAAUCACUGGCUUUACACUUAAAAUAAGCUCUCAUCGUGCCCUAAAUGUCAAUGAGAUAUACUGUAAAAGCCCUCAGUUAUUGUUCACUGCAAUGGAUUACUUUUUUAUUGUUGACGAAGCUCAUGAGACAAACCCAAGUGUUAAAACAGAAACAGUUGGUGGGUGCAUCAGCACCAGGACGUUUUUGUACGAAGCCCGUGGACAGACAAAAUGCCUCCGUGCAUGUCGCCGAUCUCAUUAGCUUUCAAGAUUCCCCUCUUGAUGGAUUUGUUCAUGUUCAUUCUCUGAAAGGGGUCUUCACUCUAAGCACAUAGAUUAACCUGCCGAAUCUCCACCAUGGGUCCAAUCAGGGCUGUCAUUAAUCAUUUCUGAGGAAGCCUUUAAAAAAAAGAUCAACACAAAAGAUGAGAGGAAAGUGCGGCCGACCAAGGAAACCCUUCAAAACUGUCUCAGCGAAAUGUGGCGGAUAUUUGAUAAAUAUGGUUUAUUUAUAUGUAAUUAAAUGACACAACAGCAUGUUAAUCAGCAGCAGCAGUGCUUGUCUCAGGCUUUAAUAGGCUGCAAUGUGACCUUCAGUAUUAGGGAAAUGAGAUAUUCUCUAAGUUACUUCCCGCUGAGCUCCUCCAGCACGUGUCCGUUUAAACCGCCACGUCUGAUAUCCUUCAUUAAUUUUUGAUUAACCUGUCAAUAACGUCCGCAUCUGCCUGCUCCUUAGCGAGCCAUCAGCAGGCGCACCAGUUGAGCUCAUAUUUAUCUCGGCCGAGUUAAUUAUAAAUCAUAACUCCCCCCCAGAUCCUGAGGGCACUGAGAAGCCUUUCACACCACCGUCGCCACGUAAAGAUCACGUUGUUGCUCCGCGGCUACUUCACAUGUAACCUGUGUCUUUUUCUGUAUUCCAGAUGUUUAACGAGUAUAUUUGGAUGUAAUUAAAUUAUUUAAGAGGUUCUUCUAUUAAUAUAUUUGAUAAAGCGAUCGGAUUAAAGCACUUGGACCAUGA